GUGUUGAAAAAGCCAGAAAUUAAAGUGGACAAUACGGUCAUCUUUAUGUUUAAAUCUCGCUUCCAUGUGCCUUGAUAUAGAUAGCCAUUUUGACUUUACCGCCACAAUAAUAAUGGAGGGUGCUGUACAUACAAUAAAACACACGGGGCGAUUGACUGUGCGAUGCAACGCCGCCAUCUAAUGGAGACGUGGCAAUAACAGCGCUUGGCAUUACACAACACAAUGUAGCAUGUACCAACAUAUAUUUCGUAGGCAUUCCUCUGACUGGCUAGUCGCAGGUCACACGUUUUGUUACGCAUGAGAGUGUUUUGUAACUCUACGUUCGAUUACACAACAAAUUAUUUCUGACUGGUGUGGGCAUUAGUAGUGUGUGAGGGUAACGAAACAGCCAUGGCUCACACGUGCAUUCACUGGUUCCGCAAGGGACUCCGACUGCAUGACAACCCUGCUUUAUUGGCAGCGCUACAGGACUGCAAGGAAAUCUAUCCUGUGUUUGUCCUGGACCCUCAUAGCCCUGUCAACGUCAACGUUGGCAUUAACAGAUGGCGGUUCCUCAUCGGAGCCCUUAAAGACUUGGAUUGCAGCUUGAGGAAACUCAACUCAAGGCUGUUUGUGGUGAGAGGUAAGCCAGAGGAGGUGUUUCCUAAGCUGUUCCAGGAGUGGAAGGUGACACGGUUGACAUAUGAGUAUGACACAGAACCGUUCAGCCUUUGCCGGGACAAGGACGUUGUCCGGUUAGCUGAGGAGCAUGGAGUCGAAGUCAUCUUCAAAGUCUCUCACACCCUGUACAACAUAGAGAGGAUAAUUGAAGAGAACAAUGGGAAGGCUCCCCUGACAUUCAGUCGGCUGCAGACACUCGUCAAGAGUAUUGGCCCUCCCAGAAGGCCCGUCCCUGCUCCAACCAGUCAGGAUAUGAAGGAUAUAAAGACUCCGUGCCCAGAGCAAUACGAGCAGAUCUAUGGGAUGCCCAAGUUAGAGCAGCUUGAUCAGGAUCCUGAGAGAUUGACUGUAGAGCUAUUCCCUGGUGGAGAGCAAGAAGCUCUGUUGAGACUAGACCAGCACAUGGAGAGAAAGGAAUGGGUGUGUGGCUUUGAGAAACCCCAGACAUCCCCCAACUCCCUGAGCCCCAGCACCACUGUUCUCAGCCCCUAUAUGACAUUUGGCUGCCUGUCGGCACGUACUUUCUGGUGGAGACUCACCGACGUCUACCAAGGGAAGAAGCACUCCCAGCCUCCCGUGUCCCUUCAUGGCCAGCUGCUGUGGAGAGAGUUCUUCUACACAGCCGGCGUGGGAAUUCCCAACUUUAACAAGAUGGAGGGCAACCCAGCGUGUACACAGGUGGACUGGGAUAGCAAUCCCGAGUACCUGGCAGCAUGGACACAGGCCAGGACUGGUUUCCCCUUCAUUGACGCCAUCAUGACCCAGCUGAGGCAGGAGGGCUGGAUCCAUCACCUGGCCCGACAUGCCGUAGCCUGCUUCCUGACCAGAGGAGACCUGUGGAUCAGCUGGGAGGAAGGCCAGAAGGUGUUUGAGGAACUCUUACUGGAUGGAGACUGGUCCCUAAAUGCAGGGAACUGGCAGUGGCUCUCUGCUAGUACUUUCUUUCACCAAUACUUCAGGGUCUACUCGCCCAUUGCCUUUGGAAAGAAAACUGACAAAAAUGGAGACUACAUCAAGAAGUACCUUCCCCUCUUGAAGAAGUUCCCAGCACAGUACAUCUACGAGCCAUGGAAGGCUCCCCGCAGUGUCCAGGAAGCGGCAGGGUGCAUUGUGGGUAAGGAUUAUCCACGGCCAAUAGUGGAUCAUGAGGUGAUCAGCAAGAAAAACAUCCAGAGAAUGAAGGGGGCCUAUGCCAAAAGAUCUCCACAUUCCAGCAAGGAGUCACCCAGCAGCAAAGAGAAAGGUGGGAAACGCAAAGCAUCAUCUGUGUUGGACAUGCUGAUGAAGAAGAAAAAGACUGUUUAAUAAGAAUGUUUUAGAUAAGUGGUGGCAUUUUCUUAGGGGCAGUGCACGUCCCAGUGCAAAUGGCUUCCUAGUUGAGAAGUCUGGUGGGAGAAGUCUCAGUCUGGUGAAGUCGUCUCAGUCUUCGUGUGAGGAGGCAAGGACAUAGGCGCCAAUUGGACCUAACAAAAUUGUGAGGGGAGAAAAACUGGGGGAAAUAAAAUAUGGGGUUGAGAUUCAGUCCUGCAUUUUAGUUCUAGUGGAUGAUGAUGUUAUACUUCUCUGUUCUGUGCUUGUAUUACCUUUAGUGUAUGUUAGUUGGGAAAGGCAAUACCUUUUUCAGGUAUGUGUUGUAUGUAAAAUCAUUUAAAAUAAAGUCAAAUCAAGGCA